UUGCAAUGAUCAUAACUUGAAAGUAUUGUUUGUUACCGAUUUAAUUACUGUUAUUCCUGAUAAUAUCUGCGCAGUGUGUGUCGUGCUGUGCAGGAGACAUCAGUUCCUAUACCGCGCUAUGAAAACGAACAAAGCGGUUGAGAAUGUGGAGAUCACCCCGUCUAAAAAGAAACUGACACAGGCUCGCUUGCCUUUCAAGCUUAUUAGCGAAGAUGCUUCGACACCGGUGGCUCCUCCAACGAGGAAGAGAAAACUCUCGGCAGACGCAACGGAACAAGCCCCUAAGGGUAAGAUCUGCAAGGAAAAUAACGAAAUUGACGACUUGGUAGUAAUUAGUGAUGACGACUCUAAAGACAACCAGAAACUUGAAAAGGAGGCGAAGGCGAUGAAUCCAUUCGUCAAGCUCGUCGAUACUGCAUGGAAAAAGAAGUUACAGAAAGCCAAGACUCCCAAGAAACGUAAAAGUAAGAAAAGCAUUCCAAAACAGAAUGAAUCUACUGAAAACAAAAUUGAAACGGAACAAGGUGAUGUCGAGGAUGUAGAAAUGAUUGACGUGGACACGGAGAACCAGGAGAAAGCUGGAAAUAAACAGAAGUGUCCUAAAGCCAGCCCGAAAUCUAAAAAAACUGAAUUAGAGAAAGAAAAUGAAGCUUCUAAUGAUAAUAAGACUGAUGUUGUUGAGCUUGAGGACUCAAAUGACUGUUCUGACGUUCAAAAACUAAAUGAAAAUGAAAAAAAAUCAGAUACUGCUACUGAAGACAAAGAAACGGCUCCAGUAACUCCUAGAACUACAAGAAAAUCAAAGUCCGACACAGGUAAAGAAAAGUCAACUGAAUCCGAGCCAGCUCCAAAGACUCCAGUUCGCAAUGCAAAGGAUAGUAAAGACAAGGCCAACACCUCAUUACCAAGCAAGUUGAAUGAGUCGGUCUCCAGCCCAGUGACCCCAAAACGGAACAGUAGGAGUUCUUCUGUCACAACCAGCCUCAAUGAUUCAGUUAGCGAGUCAGCCAGCACACCUUCGGCCAACUUAACUCCAAAACAGUUGCAAAAGAAAUUAGAGUCUGCUAAGAAGCGAGAAGAGCGGGAGAAAGAAAAGCAGGAGCGUGAAAAGAAGCGCCAAGAAGAGAAAGAAGAACGGGCCAGACAGAGACAGGAGAAGGAAGAUGCCAAGAAGAGAGAAAGGGAGGAGAAAGAAGAGCAGAAACGAAAGGAACGGGAAGAAAAGGAGAAACAGAAGGAGCUAGAAAAGAAGCGGGAAGAAAAAGAAGAACAAAGACGCAAAGAGAAGGAAGAAAAAGAGGAACAGAAACGCAAAGAAAAAGAGGCCAAGGAAGAAGAAAAACGCAAAAAACAGGAAGCUCUAGAACUUGAGAAGCAAGAACAGGAAUUAAAGAAGAAGAAAGCGGCAGAAGCUUUUGUUAACUUCUUUGUGCCAAAACAGAAGGAAAAAGAAACUAAAGCUGUAGUUAGCCAGAACAGUAUUUUGUCUAGUUUUACUAUAAAAGCUGAUAUGAGGUUGGCUCCGUUGAUUAGAGUAGAACUCUCUGAUGCACAGAGGAAAGAUAUGGAGAAGUUGAUGGGCGAUCAGAAGGUGGGUGAGAAGGAUCUUUAUUUGAAGAAUUUGAAGAAGGAAGGUGUCAAAAUAGGGUGCAGCGGGAAGACUUGGCCGCUGACUGAUAAGGAGGAUGAUGAUGUUAUGAUUGUUGAGGACGAGUUACCACCAAUAGAGGGCGCUGAUGAAGUAGCGUGCGAGCCAGCCACGCGGGAGAAGCUGCGUCCCAAGCUAUUCAGUUUCCACGAGAACAAGCGACCGCCAUACUGGGGCACUUGGAGGAAGAAGAGCGCCUUCGUCACAGCCAGGAGACCUUUCGGACAGGAGAAACAAUUAGACUACGAUGUUGACAGCGACGAGGAUUGGGAGGAAGAGCAAGAAGGAGAGAGCCUCGACGGCAGCGUGGCCGGGGACGAAGACGAGCCUGAUGACGACUACGAGGUGGACAAUGAGGUGUUCGUGCCCCAUGGAUACCUCAGCGACGAGGAAGCAACGAUGGACGAGGAAGAAGACAAAGACAACGUCCUGUCCCUUUCCCCCGAAACGCAAAAGGCGCGCCUCAAAAACCUAGAAGACGAAUUCGAGACCGAAAUGAAAAAACCGACCGAAAAACUCAAACCCAGACUCUAUGGUCUGAUAUGGGAGACUAAAGAUGGCGGCAAACCGGAAAAAUGUAUCGACGCUCUAUGGAAUUACUUCGGAAAAUUGUCUAUGAUCAUGGAUGACUCGGCCAUAGACAGUUUAUUACAACCUCCGUCAGAGCCCCAAGAACCAGAAAAGAAAAAAAUUAAAAAGAAGAAAUUAGCCGAAGGGGAACAACAGAGCCCUAAAAGUGAUAAAAAGAAAAAGGCUAAACCAGAAAAUAAAGAAACUAAGAAAGCUAAGCCUGAGCCGAAACAGGAAACUAAGAAGAAUCAGCCCGGUAUUAACUCGUUUUUAACUAAACUAAAAUCAACGUAAAAUUUAGAAUGAAUCAGUGAAUUUGACCAGAGAUUAUUCAAUAAAGAUUGGUAACUAUUACACAGAAUGGUGAAAAACUUUUUAAAAUAAUUUGAAGGUUUAUAAAAGUUAGUCCCCUGCCCCUACGACGCAAUUUCGCGCUACGACCGUGAUUUCAUAUUUUGACCCUAGAACCUUACAUGCAUACAGCGCCAUCUAGUGGAGGGUUACUAGUAGCAAAGACAUGUGUCUGUAUAGACGGAUAAAGUCAAAGAAACAAACGUACCUCAAAGCCGUAGAGAAAAAGGUAUCAUGGCCUAGAUGGCGUUACACCUUUGGGGGACGCUCGGCUAAAUGGCGCUAAUAUUCA